UUGUCAGCAAUGCAACUCAUGUAUAAUGCACCUGCGGAAAGCCCAAUGACAUUCCCAAAGCUUGUGACGCAACAAAUCGCGAGCCAACAAAACUUCCAACCAUGCCAGUCGAAUUCAUAAGCUUGGCAUUUCCCAAUGCCUCCACGGAGCUCGAGCCUAUUCCUGGAGCUGGAGUUGAUCCAGACUUCUUGAAGAAGUAUGCUCGCAACUUGGACGACUAUGGGUUCAACUACACACUUCAGCCCUACGACUCUGGGUCAUUCGACCCUUUCACAACCGGAGCCACCAUCGCCGCAGUGACGAAUCAGCUCAAGGUCAUCAUUGCACUUAGGCCAAACACAGUCUACCCAACAGUAGCUGCGAAAGCACUUGCAACUUUGGAUCAGCUUAGCAAUGGCCGAGCUGUAGUCCACUUUAUCGCGGGUGGAAGUGAUGUGGAACAGGCCAGGGAAGGUGACUUCUUGCCCAAAGAAGAGCGCUACGCCAGACUCGAAGAGUACAUCAAGAUCCUGAAACGUGCCUGGGCUUCUCCAGAACCUUUUGACUGGGAGGGUACAUACUACCAGUUCGAGCAAUUCAGCACCCGGGUGCGUCCAGUGAACGGUAGCAGCAUUCCCAUCUCAGUCGGAGGCUCCUCGGACGAGGCAUACCGUGUUGGAGGAUCGCUGGCAGAUAUCUUUGGGCUUUGGGGAGAGCCAUUGAAAGAGACGAAGCAGCAGAUCGAUCGCAUAUACGCCGAGGCGGAGAAGGCGGGGCGAAAAGACAGGCCACGAAUCUGGGUCACAUUUAGACCCAUUGUCGCCGAGACAGACGAUCUCGCGUGGCAGAAGGCGUAUCGCACUCUGGAUCGCUUGAAGACGAAUCGGGCAGCUGGUCAAGGGAAGGUGCCGCCUGGAGCGCCAGCACCACAAAAUGUCGGAUCGCAAAGAUUGCUGGAGAUUGCUCAAAAAGGAGAGGUGCAAGAUCGCGCACUGUGGUAUCCGACUGUGACUGCGACAAACGCUCGUGGAGCUUCUACCGCACUGGUGGGAUCAUACCAGACUGUGGCUGAUUCGAUCUUGGAUUAUGUUGACUUGGGCUGUGAUUUGAUCUCGAUCCGUGGGUAUGACAACUUGAACGAUGCCAUUGAUUAUGGCCGACAUGUCUUGCCGAGGGUCAGAGGGGAGUUGAAGAAGAGAGGUGCUGUGAACGGCGAGAAAGCAGCCAGGAAUGGUGUCUCGAAUGAGGUCGUUGAUGGGUAGAGCACGAUCUGGAUACCGACCUCUUGUAAGUCCCUGUAUUAGCACUUGUUCCCCUUGUAGUCCAUUCCACGCGCGAUCGGGAAUUUUCUGCUCAUGUUGCGCCCUCGUUUAGACAAGUGGUCACUCUCGGUAUUGUCGGUGGAAUAGUGGAAUUGCUCUUGGCUCGAGGCUUGGUGAAGCUUGUCCGUUGAGAUCAAGAACAACAUCACCCUUCCACGUUGAACUUCUUCCUCUUCAUCCUCCUUCUGUUAUCAUUGCCUUCUCUUUUUUGUGUCUGUUUUGACGCGUCUGGCGCGGAAUCGCAAGUUCUGCCGCGCGCAGACCGACCGCGUCAAGAGGUGGGUAAAUUCGACCGCUUUCGUCGCGCGGAAACGAGUUCCAAGAUGCUGUGCCAGAGCGACUUCGAGCGCGUCUCGCAGAUCGAGUGCAAGAUUGCUGGCACUGCUAAGCACUGAUAUCGGUGGGAAGAUGUGGGCGCUGGAACCGCGUCGAAGUCCUACUGCUGCUCCUCGGUCAUCACGAUGCCCAAAAUGCGCUAACUAGUCUCACUGCUCCGAUGGGUCUCUGCAAA